CCAAGGUCUUCUACUACAAGAUGAAGGGUGAUUACUAUCGCUACAUCGCUGAAUUCAGCACUGGUGAGAAGAGAGAUAAGGCCGCCAAUAACGCCGACCAGGCUUACAAGGAUGCGACCAACAUCGCUCAGUCUGAGUUGCAAGUUACCCACCCUAUCCGUCUGGGCCUUGCUCUCAACUACUCUGUAUUUUACUAUGAGGUCUUAAACCAGCCCGAAGAGGCUUGCAAGAUGGCUCGCAAGGCAUUCGAGGACGCCAUCGCUGAGCUCGAUAAUGUUAGUGAGGAUAGCUACAAGGAUUCUACCCUCAUCAUGCAGCUGCUCAGAGACAAUCUGACUCUUUGGACAUCCGAUCAAGAUGGUGCUGCUGAGGGUGGUGCCCAGUAAUUCCUCUUAUAGAGGCGCUCUCUCUUUACUGGUGGGAGGGUUGUGAAUCUCGCAUGUUCCUCGUGAUCAGGCGAGUUCUAGUGUACACUUCAAGCUCCUUUUUCUAUCACCACCUUGGAUGGGUGUUUCUAGCACUACCAUUACUACAGUUGAUAAUUGAUGAAUGAGCUAGAGUGGUGCUAUCAUAUACAGAUUAUCCGGUACUCAUAAUCGCAAUACAACUUUCUGUGUCGCUGCCUUCAUUCGCCAGGUGAGUGUAAUCCUCGUUGUGUAUGGGGUAUUCGCUCUUGAAUGAUAGUAGUAGCUGCUGUACCG